UCAUUUCUGCAGACAAAAAGAAAAUUUUGCAGAGAACAGGGCAGCUCCCUUCGAUAGAAAAAAAGUUUUCACAAUAUUUUUUGCUUAUCUGGUUUCUGUGAAAAGAGUGAAUCAUACUGAGUUUAGCAGAAAUUAAAGUGAUUCAACCGAUUCGUCACGGUUACAAUGGAUAACAUCAAUUCACAGCUGGCACAUCUUUCGUUAAGGUCGUCGAGUGACCAUGAACAACAGCAACAGGCACAAGGGCAGAAUAAGGCGGGUCCUCCGAUCGACGAUCAGUAUGAUCCUCUUCCGGAUAGUGGUCCGAACGGAGUAAUCGUGCCCGGGAUGGUUAUGAUGGGUAAGAAAGGACCAGCUGUACCACCGAAACCGUCUAAAAAACCAGCUCCGUCCACUGUACCACCGCAAGUACCGAAAAGUUCUCACGUUAAACAGUAUUGUGAGCCAUCGUAUUCCACUUUGCUCCAAGGACAAGCUGGGCAAGGUGGCCUUGAAGAACACCCGUAUACAAACACCAGCUUUGGCAAGAUGGGGGCGAGAAAGAUAACAUUAGAUAAUGCAGUUGAACUACAGCAACAGAAGGAAGCUCUGGAGCAUCACAAAAGAAUGAUGAACGUUAAGAUGCAGAGAGGACAAGCGGAUGGGGCUGUUUACGAAAAUACUGCAACUAGAUAUUACGAAGGAGACGCAACCUACGCAAAUGUCCAGGGUGGUCAUAAGAAUGGCGAUGGGCUGAUUUACAGUAAUAUUGUCCAUAAUAGCGGUUCGAAACCGUUUACUCAGAGACAGAUAUCAGAUGAGCUUCCACCACCCCCGGCUCAAGAUAUGCAGGCACCGUUGUCAUUAAAUGAGUUGACGUUGGAAGAUAACGAUGAUGAAUUUCCACCUCCUCCAAGCCCGGUGAGUUCAUCGUAUAGUGAACUGAGACGAGCAACCGAUCUACCACCAAUGGGACGUCAACCGCAGCCUACAUACAAUAUGGUUGGUCCAGGAGCAGGUCAGACAUACAGUAAUAUAUCACAAAAUAACCAGAUUUAUGCGAACAAUAUGCACCAUCAAUCGCUUUAUGGAACCUACGGAAUGAGCUCACAGGGGUCAACUACGUAUGAAUCUAUCUAUGAACCAAUCAAUCCUCGUCCCACGAGUCAGAUGUCCGGAAGAUCGAAUUAUUCCUUGUACACGCCGUACGUUAACUCACGUGGAAUCAACAGCCCCAACGAUAGCCUAAUUACCAGUGCUUCCAAUCAACAUCAUCGCAGCCAUCCUCCAAAGGAAUCAGAAGUUGACACGCUCACCGAUUUGCUUGUUCAAUCUAUGGACAACGUGUCUGAUCCUGAUACGUUCGGCACGUGUGUCAAAUGUGGUGACCGCGUUAUUGGCGAAAACAACGGCUGUACGGCAAUGGAUCAGAUUUAUCACAUAGCUUGCUUCACUUGCCAACAAUGUCAAAUCAAUCUUCAGGGAAAACCAUUCUACGCUUUAGAUGGAAAUCCGUACUGCGAGGAAGACUACCUCAACACGCUGGAGAAGUGUUCCGUCUGUUUGAAACCUAUUCUGGAGCGUAUCCUCCGGGCUACGGGAAAACCGUACCACCCACAGUGCUUCACUUGUAUCGUUUGCGGAAAGUCGUUAGAUGGAAUUCCCUUCACCGUUGAUGCCACCAAUCAGAUUCACUGUAUUGAAGAUUUCCACAAAAAGUUUGCUCCCAGGUGUUGCGUUUGCAGUAAUCCGAUUAUGCCAGAACCGGGCCAAGAUGAAACGAUUCGUGUUGUCGCAUUGGAUCGUAGUUUCCACAUCAAUUGCUACAAAUGUGAGGACUGCGGAUUGUUGCUAUCAUCCGAGGCGGAAGGACGUGGUUGCUAUCCACUGGAUGAUCACAUAUACUGUAAGAGCUGCAAUGCCAAGAGAGUCCAAGUUCUGACCAGUCACAUGACGACUGAACUGUAAGAUAGGGUGCGAUUAUUAGCAUUGGCUGAGAAAAGGUGUCAUCACUGCCAUCUUCUAGAUGCUAGAAAGGCAGCUUAAUCCACUAGUAGGGAUUUCACGUUCGGGAGUAAAUUAGUCAGAUUGUCCGAAUAAUACUAAGAGAAGAUUUAGCGCACUAGAUAUAAGUGAAAAGAUGAUACUAAGUUGUUAUCAUUCUGGCUGUUGAUUUAGUUGUAAAACGAUCGCGGUGGUAGAGGAUUGCUCAACCGUUCAACUCUAAAUUCUAUCUAUUCGCACAUAACAUAUUGUGCAAAUUUUAAAACUUAACUUUAGAAAUGUCCAAGAUGCAUUUAAAAAUUUCUAACCAUUCCACUUCCAAUAAUAACGAACAUUCCCAAUCUAUUGAUGUAUAUUAUAAGUAGCUCUAUGAAACGAAAUGAUAAAACUUGCACAUUAUAUUACAAUGAACAUUAUCGCCAACAAAUAAUGAUGGUUCAAUUUUAGCAUAUUUAAGAUUGAUACACCUACUAGCAAUUGCAUUUAUAA